ACGAGGCAGGACCUCGCGCGCGCGCGCGCUUUUCCUCGCGGAGUUUGAGAAGCGGAGCGCGAGUUCGCGCCGGCGGUCGGGCCCGAACUUUGUUCGCGGUGAGGGUUCUGCGUUGCGUGCCAGGGGGGCCUUGUGCGCGCGAGGGAUCGUGCGGUCAGCGAGCGCCGGAUAAACAGCGCUGCUGUGCGUGGCGACAUCCGUGGUUCGUUGUGGCGCUUCCUCAAUGUGUCGUCACUCUAUUGCGCCAAUUCGCUACCCCCGUGCCGUCGCUCCGUGAGAAAGAAGAGAAACAAGAAACAAACGAACAUGUGUACGAUGGAUAUACCAGACACCUGACGCGCUUCUCUCGCCGGCGAGGCCAUGCGAUGAAGGCGAGUAAGACGCUGCCGCUGCCCCGUCCAAGCGUGGCUCACUUCCUCUGAAAGGCGCAGUCCCCGCCACAGCCGGGCCUCGGCGUCUGCUGAAACAGCGCGAGGACGAUGCGCGUUGUGGUGGUUCGAUGGCGGAGGUGCCCGGCAGCCCUGGUGGCGGGGCUGCUCCAGCUGCUGCUGGUGCUCUCGUCGGCAGUGGCUGGGGCGAUGGCGCAGUGGUUCCACCGGGCGUGUCCCUCCCGGCAGCUCAUCGGGCCCUCGUGCCAGUGCUCGGACAAGACCAAGGGCCUCGACGUCAUCUGCGAGCGAGUCGAGCGUGCGGACCGGCUGAGGGCGUCGCUGGCCGCCGUCGCGGACGCGCAACAUCCCGUUCUGUAUUUGAAAAUUAGGGAAGUCGGGCUAGAGCGGUUCCCGCCUGGUUUGCUAGAUGGCCUGGAGAUAUCGCAUCUGCUUGUUCAUCACAGCAACGUGUCCGAGAUUCAUCUGGACGCCUUCCGCGGUGUGGGUGACCGUCUCGAGUCGUUGGACCUUUCCCAGAAUGCAUUAGAAGAGGUCCCUACGGAUUCCCUGCAAGCCCUACGAUCCCUGGUGUCCCUGAACUUGAGUUACAACAGGAUGCGCAGCGUGGGUGCCUGGGCAUUUCGUGGCCUGGUGUCUCUUCUGAGGUUGUCGUUGUUCGGCAACCGCAUCGUCACGCUUGACGCCAUGGCAUUUCAAGGGGUUGGCGGAAACCUUACAGUCAUCAACCUGGGCGGAAAUCUCCUUUCACAGGUUCCCUCGGAGUCACUGCAAGGAGUUGCUGUGCUGCAGCAGCUCUUGCUGCACGAGAACCGCAUUGAUGAGCUGCUGCCUGACCGGUUCCCGUUGGAAGGAAGGGCGCUAGACAUUCUCAAUCUGGCCGACAACCGCAUUCAAACGUUGCCGGAGGCUGCGUUCGCACGGCUUGGGUCGCUCGUUUCGCUAGAGCUGGAGAGGAACGGACUCGUAGACAUCCACCCGGAUGCAUUCCUAGGAGUCCAUGCGACCAUGGAAUGGUUGAAACUUGGUAAUAACUUCCUGGCCGAGGUUCCUAGUGAAGCCCUGCAGAAUCUGACCGCUCUGCGGGAGCUCGACCUCCGUGGAAACAACAUUUCGGCCAUUGCGAGUGACGCGUUUGCAGGAUUCGGUGCCUCGCUCAAGUUCCUGUACCUUCAAAAGAACAGGGUGCAUUACAUCGAGGCCGGUGCCUUUGACGAGAUGAAUUCGCUAGAGUGGCUAUAUCUGCACUCGAACGAGAUCGUCACCCUCACGUACGACGUGUUCAAGCCCCUGCUGGGCACGCUGUCCAUACUCGACGUUCAUGACAACCCGUUCCACUGCGACUGCGAGCUGAGCUGGCUGCGGCUACUGCUAAAGGGCCAGAGCAACAUCGUGGUGAACCAGCCCCGAGAGACGCGCUGCGCCUCGCCCGAGGAACACGCGAGCACGGCGCUCGUCGAACUGCCCGGCAUGCAGUGCGCCGCGCCGGCCUCGCUGCUGCGUCCGGGAGGCGACCACCUUCUAUACGCCUCUCUGCUUCUGAGGACUGCGCUGGCCGCAUUGGCCCUGCUCCACGGUGCCUUCGCCUCCUGAGGUCGGCGCACCUCGUCGCGCAAGACCCUCACCCAUCUCGCCAUCUGCGAACUUGCUGCCACACUCUCGUAAUAGAAAAUAAAACAAAUAGAAGUAAUAGUUUGGGCCGUGGGCUUAUGGGAACCUAAUGUGCAGCAAAACACAUUCUUAAAGCAUAGCUAAGGUGGCUAUUCUUAAGCAUUGCUUAAAGCAUAGCUAGCGCUACGGGAUGAAGUUGCAAACAGCUCAUUCCGGUUUCAAGGUCAAUGAACCCCAUGAGAUUGAUUGAAAGAAUACCACAAUUAUAUAAAUGAAGAUUCGGCAUCUUCUUUCGAAUCACUAGGCUGGUAUACUAGGUUGGGUGAUGUUGAUGAGAUCCCGAGAAAAUAGGCCAUGGAAGUUCCGGUUAUCACAAUCGUUAAAAAUAAGUGUGGUAUUGAGUGGAGGAAUUAGGAGAUGACAGAUUGGUGCCAGUUCGUGUGGAUGGGAAAGAAUAAUUGGUUCUUCAUGAUGGCUAUAUCAAUGGUGGUUUUGGAGUAAACUCGACUCAAACAAUCGCAAGAGAACUCAUGAGAAGCGUUCCUUUUCUGUUGAUAUGAAACUUCGCGGCUGGCGAGAUGGGAUGGGGCAUGUGAGUGCGAACGCCAGAACUGGUGUGCCCCGGCUGUGUGCGCGUUCGUCUCUCGUGCUGUGAGUGGUCGGUCGAACCAGCUCCCGUGACAGCCAGCAGCUCGGCACUGCGUCUACUAAAAAAAAAUGCCGUGGUCGGGCGCUAAGCGUAAGCUAGAGAUUAGGCCUAGCGCUCGCGCUAGGCCUAAGCGUCCUUCUGCUACCAAUUGCGCUGUGGGCGUGUGUGUGCUGUGUGCGUGUCUGUGUGAGCCCAAGUGCGUGUGCUUCGCCAGUCAAGUUCGUCAUCCCACCCGAGUUGUUUGAAUAUAUUCUUCGUGCACGACCGUACAGCGACACCUUUCUCCCAAGCUGUUGUGUUGUUUGUUCACGGGUGGUAGCUUCGACGACGAAGGGGCAUUACGUGCGCUUCACCAUUCGGCCAUCCCGUCGUUUAUGCCGGUGCGCUUUCUUGUAGAAAGGACAAGAAAAUGCCACGUGCGCGUGUCUUUCUACCGACGAGUAAGCCCAACGGACUUCUCCAAGCUGGCACUUCAAUGUGUGGUACGGCGACCCAUGUGCUCGUGUAAGACUCUUGAGAGGUGUCGUAAAUGAAUUGUGAGUAGAACAGACAGAUUACAUGAGGACGACAGGCCACGUGGUAGCCCGAGCUGGUGCUUUGUGCAAUGAACAGUUGAAAGGAGCUCAUUAACGCGAACAUCGCGCAGUUUUUUGCACGUUUUGCUCCGCACCGCGGCAAAGAUGUGGCGCAGUUUUGAGUCCGAGAAGAGUUUUACUGAGAGUGCUGCCAUCUGCAGAUAGUUGUUUUCGAACGCAAGGAAAGGGUCUGUUUUUACGAGCGAGAGGACACGUGCAGGUGUUGUCCUAAGGGGAGCUGUUUGCACGCGUGCAGAGUAUCGACAUCGUGCUCUUUGUUGUCGCAUUUUUUCCUAUUAUUGUUUUUUUCUGCUCUUUCCCUGUUACAACAACAUGGCUUCGUGCAGUGGCACCGAAUAAAAUGUUGCAAUA